AUGAAACGUAAAAGACAAGAGGAGGCCGAACCUAUUGAAGAACAUGAUAGUGGUUUUGUGGGACCCAUGACAUUAUUUGAUACAUUUCCCCAUAAUGAUACAUUUGCGGAAACACAUACUCUCGAAUUACUACCCAACCCUACUACCCAAACUGCUGAAAUCUAUACAUUUAUGCAUAAUCGGCAAGAUUAUGGUGUAAUAGAUAUGGUGGAUGCUAAAUUAUCGGCAAAAUUACGGAUUGUUACAACGACUACGGAUAACGCAACCGCUGCCACUAUAAAUGCAUGUGUUAACAUGGCGCCGUUACGUUACGGGUGGAAAACCAAAGCUGUGUAUUUAAAUAAUCAAUUAAUUACCCCCCAAUCCAGUAAGGAAAAUGAACUUGAGUUUACUCAUGAUUUUCUAACAACCGUUCCUUCGGAAUACAAGGAUGAUGCGGCGAUUAAUUUAAUGAUCCGCGACACACCGGGUCAUAUGGAUACGAUCACAAAUUUACAUCAUAAUACGAAUGCUACAGGUAAUACAAAUAUUGGUGCCCGGAAACGAUAUCUUGCAGUAAAUCAAGACGUAGUUCAUCAAUGUAUUGAUAAAUUGGAUUUGUUGGGUCGUGUUAAACGGUAUGUACCCACAUCAUUUGAUAUCAAAGUGGUUUUAACAAGAUUGGAGAAAACAAAAGUCAUCUAUGGUACGGCUGCCGAAUGUGCUUUGCUAGAUUUAAGAAUGGGUGAUUUAAAAUUAACCAUGCCAAUUUUAAAACCCAAUGCGCAAUUAUCGGCAGCAAUUAAUGAUUUGAUGAUUCAAAAAGGUGAAGAAUGUCGGUAUUAUAAAAUCACACAUCGGUAUGUUGCAAUACCCGUACCCCAAAAUAGUCGACAUAUUCAACAUAAAGAUAUUUUCAAUGGUGCACGACCUACACGUCUUAUAACAAAAAUUGUAUCACAAGCCCGUUACAACGGAUCGUAUAUAUUGUCACCUUAUCAUGUAGCUUUUCCCGAUAUCACACGUUUUGCUGUUAGCAUCAAUGAAGCCGAAGUACCCCCUGUAAUUACAAAUGCAUCAGAGGCCUACAUUAAUUUACGUCAAUCAUUGGAUCGUCGCCAUAGCGAGAUGCCGUGUACAUAUCCUGAAUAUGUAUCCGAUUACGGUAUGAUCGUUACAGAUUUAUCACCGAAUCGUGAUGGUUUCUCACAAGUUUUACCCAAUUCAACAAGUGGAAAUUUGAGUAUAAAAAUUGAUUUUGCCAACCACACAAUCGCCGCACAAAAGCUAAUUUGUAUCGGGGAAUUUAGAAAUCAGAUGAGCGUUGGUUUUGGGACACAAGCACGUUUAAAAUAUGAAGUAUAA